AUGGCGGAUUAUAAGUUGUUUGGUGACGUGGUUGUAUUUGAUGCAACAUAUUGCUCCAACAAGUACAAGAAGCCUCUAGUUGUCUUCUCUGGAUUUAAUCACCACAAGCAGACUGCGAUUUUUGGGUUUGCGUUACUGGAGGACGAGGAAGUCCAUACAUAUAGGUGGGUUUUGUUGAAGCUUGUGGACGUCAUGGAUAAUAAGAAGCCUUCCGUCGUAGUCACCGAUGGGGAUAAAGCCAUGAGAGCAGUGAUAGCGGAUGUACUGCCUUUAGCCAGGCAUUGGCUUUGCGGGUGGCAUUUUGAAAAAAACUGUGUCUUGCGAGUGAAGGACCCUGAUUUUCGGAAGGUGUUCAAGAAGACGAUUUGGGCAACAACAUAUCUAUGGGGAACUUUUUGCGCCGGCUACAGGACAACUUCGAGGUGUAAGGGGAUAAAUGCAUUCAUCAAAGGGUUUCUUAAAUCGACAAAUAGUCUAUUGGAGUUGGUUUAUAACUUGGAUAGGGUGGUGAAGGAUUAUCACAAUAACGAGGUAACGGCCCAGUUUUAUUCGACGUAUUACACGCCCGUCUUGAUCACAGGUCUCGAUAAGAUAGAGCUAUUUGCUUCGAAGAUAUACACUAGAAGUUUCUUCAAGGAGGUUAGGAAGAAAAUCAAAGAGGUCGGGAGUUUACUGUCUAUGGGAAAAGACACCAUCAGCACGACCUCUGUGUACAAGUUCUCAACCACGGGGAACCGUCGUAGUGUUCGCAGGGUGCUGUAUGAUCUAACUAAGCUUAAGAUUGAGUGUGAUUGUCAUAUGUGGAGCACUGAAAGUAUUCCCUGCAUCCACAUUUUUUGUGUGAUGAAGUAUGAGGGGUUGGACGAGAUCCCAUCUAGUUUGAUACUGCGGCGGUGGUGUAAAGAUGCCAAGGAAUGGACGCCAAAAGAAACAGAAGGGUGA